UCUCUCUCUCACCUUGUUUUGUGUGCUGCUAAUGGCUAACCUGUUCUUCUUCUUCAUUGAAUAAAAUCAAAAAAAAAAAAAAAAAACUUGAAAUUUCCGCCAUGGAUGUUGGACGAAGCUUUCUUUUUCUUCUAUUUUUAAGUUUCUUCUUGUUGCCUUCACAUUCACAGACGUUCACAUCGGUUCUCGUGUCUCAGAACGGACUCGAUUUCGUCAAGAACCUUCUAGUCAACAAAGCAAUCGCGUCGAUCAUACCUCUCCAGAUCCCGAGGAUUGAGAAAUCUAUGCGAAUCCCGUUCCUUGGAGGAAUCGAUGUUGUUGUCUCCAAUCUCACGAUUUACGAGCUUGAUGUCGCGUCGUCUUAUGUUAAGCUUGGUGAUACUGGUGUUAUCAUCCUCGCUUCCGGGACUACUUGUAAUUUGAGUAUGAAUUGGCAUUAUUCUUACAGUACUUGGUUUCCCCCAAUUGAGAUAUCUGAUCAGGGGAUCGCAUCUGUUCAGGUUGAAGGCAUGGAAAUCGGGCUUUCUUUAGGCUUAAAGAGUGAUGAAGGAGGCUUAAAACUUUCUCUUUCGGAAUGUGGAUGCCAUGUGAAUAACAUAAACAUUGAAUUGGAAGGAGGAGCAUCAUGGUUUUAUCAGGGGAUGGUUAAUGCAUUUAAAGACCAAAUUGGGUCAAGUGUGGAAAGUACGAUUGCCAAGAAACUUACUGAAGGAGUAUCAGACCUUGAUUCAUUCCUACAAAGCCUCCCAAAGGAAAUCCCAGUGGAUGAUAAAGCUUCACUUAAUGUCACCUUCACCACUGAUCCUAUAUUGAAAGAUUCAUCCAUCACUUUCGAGAUUGAUGGUUUGUUCAACAAAAGAAAAACGAAUCAAGUCUUGAAGUCCUUCAGAGAGUCUGUAUCUUCGGUUAUCUGUCCUGGAAAUUCUAAAAUGCUUGGAAUUUCAGUGGAUGAAGCUGUCUUUAACUCUGCUGCGGCUCUGUACUACAAUGCAGAAUUUAUGCAAUGGGUUGUGGAUAAAAUACCAGAGCAGUCUCUUUUAAACACUGCUAAGUGGAGGUUCAUCAUUCCACAACUAUACAAGAAGUACCCAAACCAGGAUAUGAAUCUGAAAAUCAGUUUGUCUUCACCGCCACUUGUAAAGAUAUCAGAGCAAUACGUUGGAGCUAAUGUUAAUACGGACCUAGUAAUCAAUGUUCUAGAAGCAGAAAAAGUAAUACCAGUAGCAUGCAUCUCCUUGGUGAUCCGGGGAUCUGGUGCUCUCCAAGUCAUGGAUAAUAACCUUGGAGGCAGCGUAAGUUUACAAGAUUUCUCCAUGACUUUGAAAUGGAGCAACAUUGGAAAUCUCCACCUGCAUCUUCUUCAGCCAAUAGUGAGGACUGUUAUACAAACGGUGUUUGUGCCAUAUGCAAAUGACCAUCUAGAAAAGGGAUUCCCUUUGCCCAUAAUCCAUGGAUUCACACUUCAGAAUACGGAAAUCAUCUGCUCAAGCUCUGAGAUCACAGUUUGCAGUGAUGUCGCUUACUUGGAUUCAUCCCAGCUGCCUCAGUCACAUCUGAGUCUACCAGGAUCCAUGCCUUGGAAAACAAAGUAGUUGUAGUUUACAAUUGGCGGCUUCAGUGUUGUUACUGGUAUGAUAUACGGACCAGUAGCAAACAAAGCUUUGUAUACUACGCUUUAUGUUUCACGUUGACUAAACUGUGUAUGCUGUACUUUCUGUAUAAAAUAAAUAAAAUUAUCUUUGUAA